AUGGCUACAGCUGAAGUAGCUCCACCUGAACGUAAGCAAUGGUCGAAUCCUGUUGAAUUCUUUUUAACAUUAGUCGCAUUUGCUGUUGGCUUAGGAAAUGUUUGGCGUUUUCCAUAUCUUUGUUUCAAGAAUGGAGGAGGUGCAUUUCUUAUACCAUACACGUUAAUGCUUAUUUUCAUUGGUGCACCUGUCUUUUAUCUUGAAUUAACAUUGGGACAAUUUACUAGUUCUGGCCCACUUGCAGUUUGGAAAGUGAAUCCAUUAUUACGAGGUAUUGGUUAUGCAUCAUUAGCAACGAAUUGUUUCUUAGCUCUCUAUUAUAAUGUAUUGAUUGCGUAUUGUUUUUAUUAUUUGGUUGCAUCAUUUCAAAUGAUUGUUCCUUGGUCAACAUGUGGGAAUUGGUGGAAUACAGCUUUGUGUACUGAUCAAGCAACAUUAGCAAAUCUAUCUCGAACUGAUCUGGCUUUAAUGAAAAAUAUGACAAGUUCACCAAGUGAAGAAUAUUUUUAUCGUCGAGUACUUCAAAUAAGUAGUGGAGUAGACAAUGUUGAUGGCAUUGUUACUCAUUUAGUUGUUGCAUUAGCAGUUGCCUGGCUUAUUUGUUUCUUAGCAUUAUCUAAAGGUGUUCAAUCAUUAGGCAAAAUCGCAUAUUUUACUGCUUUAUUUCCUUAUGUAAUGUUAACUGUUUUAAUUAUUCGUGGAGCAACAUUAAGUGGUGCUAUCGAAGGUGUUAAAUUCUAUAUGGGUACGGUCAAUUUAACUGUACUUAAAAGUCCAUCUGUAUGGAAAGAAGCUUGUACACAAGUUUUCUAUGCAUUGAGUUGUUGUAGUGGUGGUCUUAUUGCAAUGGCAUCAUUCAAUGAUUUCAAUAAUAAUGUUUAUCGUGAUACAAUUUCUAUUUGUUUGGUCACAUGGUUCACAAGUAUAUUUGGUGGAUUUGCAAUUUUUACUGUUCUCGGUCACAUGGCAACUAAAAUGGGUGUAAGUGUGGCUGAUGUGGCCAAAGGAGGUCCUGGUUUGGCAUUUGUUGUUUUUCCUGAAGGUUUAUCAAUGAUGCCAUUUGCACCAUUAUGGUGUGUUCUCUUUUUUCUAAUGAUGUGCACACUUGGUUUCGGUUCUGAAUUUUCUAUUAUGGAAACUGUCAUGGCUAGUAUAAUAGAUGAAUUUAAAACAUAUUUAAAUACACCGAAAAAAAUCAUUAUCUUUCGAUUUACUAUAUCAUUUGUAUUUUUUCUACUUGGUUUAUCUAUGGUUACUCGCGGUGGUUUAUAUGUAUUAAAUAUAAUUGAUCAAUAUCUUGGUGGUUUUCCUUGGUUAAUCAUAGGUGUUGUUGAAUUAUAUUGUAUUGGAUGGGUUUAUGGCGUUGAUAAUUUUUGUGAUGAUAUUGCUUUAAUGUUAGGUGAAGAACGACGUCCUGAAGUAACACUUGAUGAUUAUACAUAUCCAUCAUGGGCGCUUACACUUGGCUGGCUUGUAGUUAUAUUAUGUCUUGGCUGGAUACCCUAUAUUUUUCUAGCUGAAAUCUGUGGCCGUGGAACAUGGGGUAUCAUUAAAGAAGCUCGUUUGCCACAUGUUGAAUGGGGUCCAGCACGUGAUGAACAUCGUCAAUUAUCAAUUCGUUAUGCAAAUACUGUUGAUCCGAAAAAACUCAGUAUGCAAACUUUAUCGACAAUUGAUACUGGCGAUUCAUAUGAUUUGGAUAGAGCAGCAAUUGAAAUAAUUGCAGCAAGUCCAAAAUUAUUUGUCAAGAGACUUUCAGACGUAUCUAGUGCAAGAUUUUGA